AUGGUCGCUAGACUCAGCAAUGUGUCUGCCCUCAAAGACUUCAUCUCCUUCCUAGCCACAGUCUCUGGCGACAUCUCCCACAUCACAGCACCUCCAUUCAUUCUCGCACCGCAAUCCCUCACAGAAUUCCCCAGCUACUGGGCCGAACGGCCAUCACUGUUCACAGCCGCCGCCCACGAACCGACACCCGAAAAACGCUGCCUCGCCAUCCUGAAACUCUACCUCGCUUCGCUCCAACGGCAAUACUACGUAGGGCGAACCGUCAAAGAGGGCCUCAAGAAACCACUCAACCCCUUCCUCGGCGAGCUGUUCCUGUGCGAAUUCACCGACCACGACCUGACGUCCGAGAAGGACUCCAAGGCGUCCACAGUCAGAGUCAUCACCGAGCAAGUAUCUCACCACCCGCCCACGACGGCAUGCUACGUCUCGUCCGAAGAACACGGCAUCCACGCCGAAGCAUACUCGACCCAACAGACCACCCUAUCCGGCACGUCCAUCAUGAUCCGACAGAGCGGCCACGCCAUCAUCACCAUCGACAAGUACAACGAAACGUAUCUCCUCCCACUGCCCGACGUGCGCGCGCGGGGCGUCCUGACCGGCGUCCCGUGGCCCGAGCUGGGCGACACGUACAAGAUCGUCAGCUCGGCAGGGUACACGGCCGAGAUGAAGUUCAUCCCCAAGAAGAUGUGGGGCGGGGAACGCAACGCCUUUGAAGCGGCAGUGUACAGGACCGGCGACACCACGAGGGACGCCAUCUACUCGCUCGGUGGACACUGGAGCAGCCGGUUCGGCGUGUUCAACACGCACGGCCACGAAGUUGACACCUUUGAUCUUGCCGACCCGAAAAACGCGCCGGUGCCCAUGACCAUCAAGCCGGUCGAAGAGCAGUCGGAGUGGGAGAGCCGACGGGCGUGGCGGAGCACCUUUGACGCGAUCAGGCGAGGAGACCAGAGCGCCACCGUCGCCGAGAAGAGCAAACUCGAAGACGCCCAGAGACGGAUGCGCAAGCGCGAACGCGCCGCCGGGCAGGAGUGGGAGGCGAUGUUCUUCAACCGGAUCGAGGGGGGAGGGGAGACGGACGAGGAAGUGAAGAAGUUGUUCGACGUCCUGGCUUCUUCCGGUUCAGAGGAUGAAGAUAAAAAUGCCGACGACGUGUCAAGGUUAAAGGGGUCGAAUGGUGUCUGGAGAUUCGAUCCGGUCAAGGAGAGGAAAUGGAGGGAAGGAAAAGGGGUAGCGAGGCCGGAGAGUCCUUUUGCCUAA